AUGACGUUCACUGGUUAUUUGGCCGAAAGAUGUGAACGGCCAGGUAAUGAUAUUUAUUCUUCUGAAGAACGAUACUUGUUAAGUAUCACUGAACAAGCACUCUCCUGUUCUGAAUUCGACGAAAUUAUAGUGGGCUCGGAUACGAUGUUUACUAGCACUUCCACGAUGAUUACGUCUGAAUCUUCCACUUUUACUAAAGCGUCGCAGUGCAACCUUUGGACCAAAGAAAUGGAGAUGAGUUAUGGACAGGCAUUAGAGAAGAUGGCUGUUCUAGAACCGGUUCAACCAGACAAUUGUAUUCUCAACAGCAGUGAUAUCAUUCGGGUUAAUGACGCAAUCAGCAAUUAUUGCCGUGCCCAGAAGGUAAAACAAGGCCUGCCACCUUUUAUGUUUAUUACAGCAUCAUCAAAGGUGAACAAUAUGAUUGACGCAACUUUCUUGUUUACAGAUGACCACGAACAGUUCCAUUAUAUGCAACGCUACAACAACUUUCCGAAUUCUAACUCAUUGGAAUAUGUACGUAUGAUGAUUCAACCGUACAUUGAGUUUAUGGACGACAUGGCCACUGGCAUGGAACAGCGCAAACACAGUAGGUAUAGAGUACAAGAAAGUCCUGAGAUACUGCUGAAUAUCCAAGCACUUCAUAAUGCCAGUAGGCAAGAAAACAACAGUAUUACACGUAACCAAGAGAAAGAACAGUCAGAAAGCGUUGUGUCUUCUACAAAAUACCUUAAAAAAUGCGUACGCCUGUGGAACAGUGUAAAGAAAGCGGCAAGACAUUUGAAUAGUAGAGCAGUUCUGGUGAGAAAAUUAUGA